AUGACAAACACAACAGAGCCAUACACACACGAGCUUUUGAAGAACUUUAGCUCAGUUGUCACAAGCCCGGAGACCGUCCAUUUCUCCAACAGCACCGCUUCCAGCCAAUCAGACGCUCUCCGGCACCGGAACUUGUUCAUCGGCGUGUCCGGCAUCGUGCUGAACCUGUCCGGCAUCCUCCUGCUGGUGACGUCACGUCACGUGAAGGUCACGUUGAAGAUCUCGCUGUUGAGUCUGCUGGUCAAUGACCUGAUGUUCCUGACGGUGCUCUUCGCCCUGGGCACGCUGAGCAGCACGCUGACCACCAACCACGCCUUCUGCUGGCCCGUGCUGUACCUCAGCUACACCUCGGUCAUCGUGUCCUACCUGUCUGUCUGCCAGCUCGCGCUGCAGAACUACAUCGCCGUCUUCUACCCGCUCAGCUGCAACCGGAUCGUGACCUUGACCAAGGUGACCUUGUCCACCGUCGUCAUCUGGGUCAUGGGGUUUCUGGUAUGCCUGGGUUGUACAGGGUUAAAGUUCGAGAAGAAUCAGCUGUGUAUCGCGCUGGUCCCUGUCCCGACGUCAGGGAUUGGUGGGAUCGCCGUCACGUGCGUCAUCUGCGCAGGCGUCGUGUCGGCUAUAAAUAUCAAAAUCUUCACGCAAAUCAGGAGGCGGAACCGGCGAGUGGGCGUGGCUGUACCAGACGACACCAGCACGAGUGUCCGGACCGUUUCGGAAAAUUUACAAAAAAGCGAAUUCUCACCGGAAACUCUGCAAGUGCCUUCUCGGCUGAACAUAGUUUCCAUGGUGAUUCUCGUCUCGUCGAAAAAUUUCCAGAAGUUGACCUUCGCCCAGAGCGGGGUGGGCAUCUUCGUGUCCAGUCUGGUGACGGUCAAUGUCCUGGGGAAUCCUGUGUUGUACGCCUGGAGGUUCAUUCAGUGGAGGAAGAUGUUCAGUAAACUGCGGCAGUGGAGGAGGAACUUGGGUCUUGUGUAG